AUGGCUCCUGCUCCGGAGAUCAUGACUAAUAUCGUGUUUCUGGCGCAGCAAUCUUUGUCAUCGCAAGAGGCGCUGUUGCAGCUGGAGAGAGGCAGUGCUGGCCCUGCCAUCCAGCUGCAACAAGCUGCGCAGAUUCUGGAGAUCGACCUAGCGCUGUGCGCAGGUCAUCCCGAACUCAAUCAUGACCUUCGUUCUCACAUUGCCUCGGCCCCAAAGGAAGAAUGGGUGCUCAGGUGGCUGCUGAAGAAGUUGAAGACCCAAUCCUACCGGGAAGACCCUGUGUCUUUUCUUCUCUUCCAGCAGCUUAUUCAUCGCAUUCCUACGAAGACCCUUGCGGCAAUAUUGAGCGAUUUCAAAUUCCUGGCCGUCUUGAAUGACGUGUUGAAGGAUUUGGAGCAGGGUGUUCUGGAAUCUCUCCAAGACGCCAUCGCACCAGGUGUGGAGCGUUCAGACUCGGAGACGAGCCAUACCCUAGGCGCAUCUCCGGUCCAAGAGAAGGAUUUCAAUGGCAACGGCGCGAACAAGAAGAGGAAGAGAAUGGACAGCGUCGAAAGUAACGACUCGAGCCGCGAAGAGCGUCCUUUGCUCAACCCCUUUGUUACCGCUUUCAUCUAUGUCUUGGAUUGUCUCUACAGUCUUAUGACGCUGCUCAACAAGAGAGACAAUGUUGAUGAAGUCGCACGUUCUCAUCUCAGGCAGUCGCUUCGUGCAGAACCAGCGUUUGUUGCCCGCAUGCUGGGGAAGUCGAUGAAACUGUCUGCCCGUUUGAUCAUCGAGUUUUCUAGAAUCGGAAGAGGCACCGAUUUGCAACAUCUUCUCCACGUCACUGCGGCUGUCUUUGAGCUCUGGGAUCUUAGAUCAGAGCGCGAAGACGACUCGGACAACAGUUCCAGCAAUUCCGCGUUCGCCGAAAAUUGCUUCCUCCAGGCUUUGAGGCUCCAAAUCGCCACACACUUCUUUGGAAAUAAUUACGAAGAUGCAGCAUAUGUUGUUCACGCAGUCGAGCGCCUCAUCGCCCUUCAUGUCGUACUUCCUGCCCGCGCUGCCUUCUUGGCCCGAGGCGGUUCUGGAAUCGAUUAUUCAAAUGACGAGCCCGACUGGAGUGCCGUGAAACCGGUUACGGCUACCUUUCAGCCAUUUUUGAAGGAAACCUCCGACCAAGAGACAGGUUCUACAGAUAAAAUGGAGGUUGAUACAGUCGGCGCUACGGCUAAAAUCACAAAUCCCCCGUGGAAGCCUGCCGAACUCCUUCCAACUUUUCUCGAUAUCGCUAUUCGUUCCGUGCCAAGGGAUACCUUCCGUCGGCAAACGGCUGAGGCUCCUUGGCUCGAGACUUUCUUCGUCGCAAUCGCGGAACUGGCAUUCUCAGCUAUCAAGGAAGCUAGCCCGUCACAUGACACAUCUAGCUUCGUCCCAAUCUUGGAGCAGAUGUUUCGCGUUGUCCGGAAUCGAAAGGUUCAGCUUUCUCUCCAUACUCUCCUUACCCAUGCCGCCUAUACAGGCCUGCUCAAGGAUAGCUUGGAGAAGGUCCACUGGAGUUUGACGGCUGUUCUUGUUGAGCUGGGCGUUGACAUCUUUCUUCCAAACUCUGGCUUCAAGGAUUCACGGCGUCUUUUGACGGCCCUUCUCGAAAAGAUUAUGCUACAGUGGACCAGCAGCUCCAAGGGCAGCGAUGAAACAUAUCAGCUGAUCAAGACGGGGAUCCUUAUUCCUCUGCUUCGCGGGUUUGCUGCCGCGAGAGACCUCCCUAGGUUCGUUGAAAUCUGGCGCGAGCAGCUAGUCAAUGUGGAAACGGCACGUGCCAAGAACGAUGCUUUGGCGAAAUUUUCGAUUUGGGAAGACGACGAUCUGGCCAAGGUUUAUGCGGAGUUGAUGAGGACGUCGCUCACGGACAUGCAGGUGGUUACCCAAGUUCAGACGGCUGUCGCAGAAGUGAGAUCUAAGAACGGGAGCAUGUCUACGACGGCCACCUCUUACGCUUACUUGGUGAUCCUGGAGGCAGGGUCUGAGACUUGGAGAAAUUACUGCGGUCUCGAGGUGAUGGUUGACUCGGUGAAUCAGGUCAUUGAAGCUUCGAAGGCGGCUCUCUCUUCUCGCAACGGUAUGCACUGGCGAUGGCGCUUAUGGCGACUUGCUGCAAAUCUGGUCGACGCUACCAUGAAAUCACCCGACGGCUUACUUAACGAGCUUGGGACCAGUUUGGUAGACCAAGCCGUGAAGAUCAUUCUCCAGCUCCACAAAAAGCCGAAGGGAGAUUCGAAAGAUUACCUGGAAAUCUUGGAAGCCUUUCGCCUCGUUCUGAAGGUUACCAAGGAAUUCGAGAAUACGGAUUCUGAGAAGGUCAACACGCUUGCGGAAAACAUUGUCACGUUCUUACGGGCGCUCAUCCCUGCGGAUGGAGCUUCUCUGGAAGGGUCAUGGAAUGGCCGUGUUGAAGACUUGGACUCGCCCCUGGCCCUUGCCAUGGCUUACCUGGUGUCGCUCCUCAGAACACCAGAGGUUUGGACCAAAGUCAAAGCCGAGAACCGACAGGGCAUGUUCGACAAGCUGCUUGCUUUGGCUACCGUCCCUCAGCGCAAACCUGUUUCCUUGCCAACUUCUACUGCAAGCCCUUCGAGUCCGGGGUUCCUUCAGCUGUGGACUGCUCUUGUUUCUCAUGAGUAUCUACUCAACGUUCCGCAGAUUGGCAAAGAUGUACUCGUCGUUCUCUCUGAGAAACUCGAGAAGAGUGUCAAAGUCCGCCCAUUUGUUGUCAACAGUCUGCAGCGAUUCCCGACUCGGCUUGUUGGUCGUCAUCAUAGAGGGGUCAUCUUAGAUACGCUCAAGGAGAUUCUCCUGAGCAAGGAGUGCUCCUUGGAAUUAUCUGCCGAUAUCUUGUCUUUGAUGGCCAAAUUGGCACAGAUGCCUAAGUCAUCCGCCGCUAUCACCAGCGAUUGGGAAGUCUUGUGGUCGAUCGCAAAGGUCAUACCGUUGGAAGGCUCAGACAUGGAUCUUCGAGUGCUACAGUCUUUCAGUUGCCUAGUGAAGGCCGUUAUUUCCAAAUUUAUCGUCCUGCCCGACGACGAGAAGCAAAAGGCCUUCAAGAAGAUACAUCACAAGGUGUCUUCGUCGAUUUCCAAAUUGAAGUCACUCGACGACAAAGCUUUGGAGCAAUUCCUUGUUCGCGUCUUACUAUCGCAGUUGUGGAGCCAUCGCACCGAGCUUUCUGGUGUAGUUGACGAAAAAGAUCUCAAUUCACAGAGACAAAAGGUGUUUAAGUUGGUAUUGGCCAGCCUUCAGGCAGAAAAAGACCUGUUGAAACAAAAGACUCCGAAGGAAAAGGAUAUCAUUGCGUUGACGAAGUCGCUGGAUGCCUUGGAGGACUUUGAAGAUAUCGCUGAGGGCAGUGAGGAAGCUGACGACUGUCUGAGAGAGAUUGAAGAGACCGUCAUGGAGGGGACCACCAAGUCUGGCCGAUACCUGCAGAGACUCAUCAGACAUCGCGUGAUUGCCGGAACGAGACCUGGAGAGAAGGUCGUGUUGCCCAGGUCGAAUCUUGCGAAAGCAUUCCCGUUGCAACACAUGUUCGGUGAAGAACAACAGUUAUUCAUACGGGAAGCGACUGAACGAUUCCGUUCCAUGAGCUCCGAUGAACUGGUCAAGGCCAUUCAUGGCUUAAGAGAGGCUGGCUUUAAGGGUCCCAAUGCUUCAUAUCACCUGUUGCUGGUGGGUCUGGCAGUCGCUACACUGAGUCCGGUCGAAGAAAAGGAGAGCCCUACCGCCAAGGAGCUGUCCGCACUUGGUGGCCAGCUUACCGAAUCACUGCAAAGUAGCACUUCGAUUGAGCAAUUCUCGCUUGCCGCUGAGUGCUUGGAUAUCCUGCUCCGUUCUCACCCUCGCGCCGUCACCCAGUGGAAUGUAGAUGAGAUCAUGACUACAGUCUCCAAGUGCGCUUCUUCGUCUGGCCCCCGAAUUUCGGCCGAGUUUGCAGGUACCAUCUACGUACGCCUGUGCCGGCUUACGGGUGUGCUGUUUGGUCUCUAUCGACAGAAACUCGGUGGACGCUUCCACCUGAUUGUUCCGGCUAUGCAACAUCUGCUUGCCUGCCUCUUCUCCCCGAGCCGAAAGCGCAAGCGUGGCCAGUCAGCAGUCAUCCAGGAACGACCGCCGUGGCUUGCACCCUUGGAUGCCUCCCACGCCGUGCAUUUCACGCGUCUCCUGACCUCUCUCUGCGAUCCAACCGUCUCCGCUGUGUCCAGACCGACCCAGGCUGGCCCCGGGCAUGAAGCGCUGACGGAUCAGACGAAGAAGGCGAAGCGAGUUGCCGGCCAGCAUCUGCAGUACCUGGUGAUGGCGUACACGGAGUGCUCGCUGCUCAGUCCCGUGAGCCCAGAGAUGAAGGCAGCGCUGCUCCCCGGUCUCUACGCGGUGCUCGACGUGAUGUCACGCGAGACCAAGCGAUCACUGAACGCGGCGCUGGAUGCUUCGGGACGGGCGAUUUUCAAGACGCUCCACGACGACUAUGUGAAAUUCGGAAAGUGGAAUAACAAAGGAUAA